AUGAAGGCGCUGCUCCUGCUCGGCUGCUUCCUGGCCUCCCUGCUGCUUUCAGGACAAGGAGAACUGCAAGUCUCUGCUUCGGGUGGCACAGAAGAUGUUGGCAAUUUGUUGGAGAAUCAUUUCUCUGCCGGAGACGCAAGUCUAGAGGAGAAAGAAAGGGCGCUUUAUACAGAUGCAGCCCCUGGAGACAAGAACCUGCUCCUUCACUACCCAGACGGCAGGGAGGCUGAGAGCUUGGAGCAGACCCCCGCAGGGGCCCCUUCCACUGCCAACGGCCAGGGCUCCGAAUCUGAAGCUAGCCUAUCCAAUGCCUCAGCUGCAGAGUCAGCUCCGCCUGGGGAUGCUGAAGGGCCUGGGGAGGAAGAGGAGGUCCCGCCAGCAGCAGGCACCCUUCCUCCAGCAGGGGUUGAGGGACCAGAAGAAGAGAGGCCAGACUUCAGUUCUGGAGGGGAGCCAGGACAGGAGGCUACUGGGCCAGGGCUCCCCACAGAGGCGGGGGCUGCCAGUGUGGAGGCAGAAGUACCAGAGGGGGGUAGUGAGGUCUCUGAGGAAUUCCCUGAGGGAAUCUUAGGACAUAGCCCUAUGAAACAUGCAGCAGCAGGGACACCAGAGUCUGAAGACACCCAGGUCCCUCCUAGCACAGAGGGUGAAGAGGUCCAUGCAGCGGAGGCAGAGGGUGAGGGAAACAUAGGGUCUGAUCGCCAAUCCACAGAGUUAGAUGGAGCCCAGGAUGCCACACCCGCUGGAGAUGAUUCAGAGGCUGACAAGGCUGCAGAAGCCAGGGAGGGGGCAGAGGACCAUUCCCUGCACUCAGUGGAUGAAGCCAUCUCAGGGCCUGAUCACCAGUCCACGGACCUACAUGCCAUCUCUGACACUGAGUCUUCUGGAGUAGAGGCAGAAGAUGCUGCAGAAGAAUUAAAGGCUGAGGUUGAUUCAGAAGCCGGGGAGAAGAAGGCUGAGGACCAGGGGGAGCCUAGACCUAGCCAGACAUCUGGCUCAGCUACAGAGGCGACUGAAAAGUCUGAGGAUACCCAGAGCUCUGAGGCCAGGGAGACAGUGUCAGGGAUGCCAGAGGAGGACCUGGCUGAGGCCUCCCCUGAAGAAGAGGAUGAUAGAGAAAGUGGAAGUGAGGAAGGAGGAGUUCCAUCCCAAGAAGAGUCUGGAGAAGACAGUGGAGAUGGAGCUAGCUCAGAAGAAGAGGGGGGCAUCCCUGGGGAGGCUGGAGAGCCCCAGGAAGCACCAGGAACCACAGGACACGAGGAGGAAGGGGCCCAGCUUGACGUGGAAGAUUUGAACACAGGGUCUGAAGGCGGCAAGACCCAGGACACGGAAGCAGAGGCAUCUGAAGAGAGACAGCAGGGGAGAGGGACUCCUACUCACCGGGAAGAGACCGAGGAUGUGAGUGAAGAAGCCCCCAUGAGGGACCGCUCCCACAUUGAGAGAACUCUGAUGCUGAACGAGGACAAGCCAGCUGAUGACUAUUCAGCGGUGCUGCAGCGGCUUCGCAAGAUCUAUCACACGUCCAUCAAGCCCCUGGAGCAGUCUUACAAGUACAAUGAACUUCGACAGCACGAGAUCACAGAUGGGGAGAUUACUUCCAAGCCGAUGGUGCUGUUCCUGGGACCGUGGAGUGUUGGCAAGUCCACCAUGAUAAACUACCUCCUUGGGUUGGAAGACACUCGCUACCAGCUUUAUACAGGUGCUGAACCUACCACCUCUGAGUUCACUGUCCUUAUGCACGGGCCCAAACUGAAAACCAUCGAGGGCAUCGUCAUGGCUGCUGACAGUGCCCGGUCCUUCUCGCCCCUGGAAAAGUUUGGGCAGAAUUUUCUGGAGAAGCUGAUUGGCAUUGAGGUUCCCCACAAACUCCUAGAACGCGUCACUUUUGUGGAUACCCCAGGCAUCAUUGAGAACCGCAAGCAACAAGAAAGAGGCUACCCCUUCAACGACGUGUGUCAGUGGUUCAUCGACAGAGCCGACCUCAUCUUUGUUGUCUUUGAUCCCACCAAGCUGGACGUGGGUCUGGAGUUGGAGAUGCUUUUCCGCCAACUCAAGGGACGUGAGUCCCAGAUCAGGAUCAUUUUGAACAAGGCUGACAACCUGGCCACGCAAAUGCUCAUGCGGGUGUACGGGGCUCUCUUCUGGAGCUUGGCCCCUCUCAUCAAUGUCACGGAGCCUCCACGGGUUUAUGUCAGCUCCUUCUGGCCGCAGGACUAUAAGCCCGACACCCACCGCGAGCUGUUCCUCAAGGAAGAGAUCUCCCUCCUGGAAGACCUGAACCAGGUGAUUGAGAACAGGUUAGAGAACAAGAUCGCCUUUAUCCGCCAACACGCCAUCAGAGUCCGAAUUCACGCCCUUCUUGUUGACCGGUAUCUGCAGACUUACAAGGACAAAAUGACCUUCUUCAGUGAUGGGGAACUGGUCUUUAAGGACAUUGUGGAAGAUCCUGAUAAAUUCUACAUUUUCAAGACCAUCCUGGCAAAGACCAAUGUCAGCAAGUUUGACCUCCCCAACCGCGAGGCCUAUAAGGACUUCUUUGGCAUUAACCCCAUUUCCAAUUUCAAACUUCUCUCUCAGCAGUGCUCGUACAUGGGGGGCUGCUUCCUGGAGAAGAUUGAACGGGCCAUCACCCAGGAGCUCCCCAGCCUUCUGGGGAGCAUUGGGCUUGGGAAGAAUCCAGGUGCCCCUAACUGUGACAAAACAGGCUGUGGCGAGACCCCGAAGAAUCGCUACAAGAAGCAUUAGUUUGUGUGUAGCCGUUCUUGGGUCCCCAUUGGUGAUUAAGCUUGUGUCCUAACUGUCUGAGAAGUCCUGAAUUGUUAACCCUUUGAGCCACACUGGCGACAAUCAGUCUGCAUUGGAGAUUUGGGAGUUCAUUGAGGCCGGCGAAGCAGGGAAGGCACAAGGGUUCUGGGGAGGAGAGUGGAAACUGUGAAUGGCAGUGUGCUUGUCUUGUUGCUUCACUUAGAAGGCCUGACACAGGCAAGUCAGGCCUCCCCUGCUUCUCCUGGGUCCUGUCUUGGAGGCACAGAGAGCAGCUGAGUUCUAGUGAAUUGUAAGACAGCAAGGGUCAAGUAAGCUUAACUCCGUUGACAUUUCCCGAGUCAGAGUGUUCUCAGGUGUGCUAACUCCUUUCACACACCUCUUUGUUCAAUCCCUACCCCUCCUUGGUUCCCUCCUAAGCUUGGGUUGAUUUUCAGAAAUGGACAGUCCCUUGAGUCUUGUUUUCAUGAAUUUUGAGCCAACCUUGGAAUCUUGUCCCUGUCUUUCCAAGGGAUGGGGCGUCCAGAAAACUAAAACAGGGGUUUUCAGAAUAGUGUUGACCUGCCACCCCGAGUAUCAUUUGACCGAUGUCCCCAUUGGAGAGCUCAGACACUUAGUUGUCCCUAAAAGGAGGGUGAGGGGGUGGUGUACUCAAGGGCUUUUCCUCUUACAUGGUUUACUUAAAGUACCAGAAGGGCUCAGGGGCUUAGGUGGUUUGCAGUGCGUCUUUGUCUGUUGCAUGUCUUGGAAAACUCAGAUCCCAAAGAUGUUGGCUUUCAGAGAGGACAGUGGAGACCUCGCUCCCUGUCCUUGGCGGCUUCUCUGGACAGGCACUUCUCCCAAGUUUGGGGCCGGGGGGAGGUG